AUGGCAGCAUCACGAUCAGUCUCAAUCACUUAUGUCCCUGCGGACUGUGGAUCUAUCAUUCCAGGCAAAUCCAAAGCGCCUCAAGCAUUCAGAGAUGUCGGUAUAGUCGGCAAAUUGAAAGAUGCUGGAGUGCCUUCUGUCUCUGAGCAUCAUGCUUUGGAGGCACCAGCAACUUUCUCUGCUACGACGUUCAGCGCAGGCGGUGCACGCAAUGAAUACAUCAACAUCGCAGUCUGCGAAGACGUUGAGCGGACUAUCAGCACCAACUUCAAGUCCUCAAGCAAACAACCUGAUUUCCAGCUCAUUCUCGGCGGCGAGUGCUGUAUGCUGCCAGCUAUUCUCUCUGCCUUCUGGAAACAUGCCGGCUCGCAGUCUCCGCCUAAGCGCGUUGGUCUGAUUUACAUCGACGCUGAUACUGAUCUUACCUCUCCAACGGAUCCAAGCUCUAUUGGCACUUUCGCCGGGAUGAACAUGGCUCAUCUCGUUCGACUACCCGGUGCACUCCAACGUAUGGAACAGUUCUCUCGUCCAUCAGGCGAACCUGUCUGUGAUGCUUCGAAUACAGUCUUCUUCGGCACGAACAUGUCUCUGCCUGGAAAUAAAUCAGAGCACUUCAAGUAUCUUUUCGACAACAACUUCAAAGUCGUCAGCUCAGCAUCCGUGGCGAAAGAUCCUGAGCAACGCGCAAGAGAAACACUUGAGUUUCUGCAAGACAAAGUCGACAUCAUUAUGGUUCAUCUGGAUGUUGAUUCAAUUGACCCUGGGACGUUUCCUUUGGCUAAUGUCCCAAACUUCACUGGCGUUGAGUUUGAGAAUAUGAUGAGGGCGCUCAAGGGGUUGCUUGGAAGCGAAAAGGUUGGGGGUCUUACUGUUGCGGAGGUCAAUCCAGAUCAUGAUCCGGGUUUGAAAAUGACUGAGAGAUUGACUUCUCAUAUCGUGGAGAUGUUAUCUGCGAGAAAGUGGCCGCAUGCGCAGAGCAUUCGUCACCUCAACCAACGCCCCCAAAUUUGGGCACCUCACAACUAUCCCCGCUCUUUCAUAGAUGCCGCCAAGAUCAUUACUCACUUGCAAUCACCAUCCAAGACUAACAAUCGCGAUGGGAAAUACGUACUCUUUAUUCUUCCUCCCAAGUCCACAGUUUACCGGGGAGAACCUACCGCGCAAAAUGGACGCGUCUUCAUUGUCACUGGUGGCUACUCAGGCGUAGGCUUCGAAUUGAGCUGCAUGCUCUAUCAAGUUGGCGGAUCCGUUUACAUCGCUGGAAGAUCACAAGAGAAAGCGGAAUCAGCUAUAAAAGAACUCCAGGAACAAUAUCCCGAUUCAUCUGGUAGUCUGAGCUUUCUUAAGAUAGCCCUCAAUGAUUUGGAUUCCGUGAAAGCAGCUGCAGAAGAAUUCAAGUCAAGAGAAUCCAGGCUCGAUGUCCUAUUCAAAAACGCAGGGGUAUCUAAUCCUCCAGCUGGCUCAGCCUCAGCUCAGGGAUACGAACUCAGUAUGGCAACGAACGCCAUUGGGCCUUGGUAUUUCACGCAGCUUCUCGUGCCAAUUCUGAAAGAAACUGCAAAGAGCCAACCCCCAGCAUCAGUUCGAGUAAUCUGGACAGCUUCCAUCGUGACAGACCUUUCCGUUCCAAACGGCGGAGUCAACAUGAAUGAAGUCAUCAGUCCAUCAAAAGAUCAACAAGUCAACUACACGAAUUCAAAGACAGGAAACUGGUACCUCGCCAGCGUUUUAGCAGACCAGAUUGGCUCCUAUGGUAUUCUCAGCGUUUAUCAUAAUCCAGGAAAUCUUCACAGUAAGCUGCUUCGCCAUAUGCCGUCGAUUAUUGGCUAUGUCGUUUCACCGCUUCUCUAUCAUGCAAAGUUCGGUGCUUAUACCAACCUGUGGGCUAGUCUCUCGCCAUAUUUACAGAUUGAGGAUGGGGGGAGGUUUAUCUUGCCUUGGGGUCGCUUUCAUCCGAAUCCGAGGGCUGAUUUGUUGGAGAAUCUCAAGUCGAAGGAGCAGGCAGGAACAGGGACUGCUGCUGAGUUUGCAGAAUAUUGUGAUAAGAUUAUUGCGGGCCAUCUAUAG